UUCCUUUAAUCGGUUGAACUGCUAUCUGAGCUGUUGCAAUGCGCAAGGAUUUUCCGAGUGAUGAGGCCAAUUUAGCAAUUGAGUCAGAUGCGUUAACACAUCUUGGGAAGUGAUUGCUGUGAAGUUAGCUCUUCGGUAAAAUAGCUUUUCCCCCCACGUCGAGACAUUUUUGACGCUGUUGAGCGAUUUUGAGGGAGAAUGACCAGUCGGGCACGUGCAAGAUCAAGAGGCAGAGCUCGUGGCCAGGAGCCAGCUGCACCUGGAGCAGCUCAGGCUAGAGAGCCUGCACCAAAGGCUGCACCACAAGCGGAGGGUGAGCUGGUUGGGCGAGGGAGGCAGAAAAGUGGCCCAGUGCCUUUUGCUGAAGCAGCUGCGCAAGAGAUCUCAGCAGGAUUUCAUCAGGUGAAACUGGGAGAAAGAGGUGGACGUCGAAGAGAUUUCCAUGAUGUUGGGGUUUACACCAGGCAGACAAUGGAGCAUGUCAAAGAGUCAAAGUCUGGAACAAGUGGCUCCUCUAUUCAGCUGUCAUCCAACUUCUUUCGCAUCCUCUCCCGCCCUCAAUGGCUUCUGUACCAGUACCAUGUGGACUUCAAACCACCUAUGGAGUCUCGUCGCCUUCGAUCAGCCCUUCUAUUUCAGCAUGAGCAAGCCCUGGGCUCAGCUCACUGCUUUGAUGGAGCAAUUCUGUUUCUGCCUCUCAGACUUCAACACAAGGAGACUGUGUUUAACACUAAGACAAGAAAUGGGGAGGAAGUUCAGAUAACUGUCACCUUGACAAAUGAACUGCCACCAACAUCACCAGUGUGUCUGCAGUUUUACAACAUCAUAUUCAGAAGGAUUUUGAGAAUUCUUGGCAUGCAACAGAUCGGACGCAACUACUACAAUGCCAAAGAUCCACUCAACCUUCCAAAUCACAGACUGACCAUAUGGCCUGGAUAUACCACAGCCAUUUUGCAGUACGAGUCAUCUAUCAUGCUUUGUACAGACGUGAGCCACAAGGUGCUGCGUAGUGAGACGGUUCUUGACUUUAUGGUCAACCUGAGGCAGAAGUGUGGACCUCAUUCGUUCACUGAUAUCUGUUCCAAGGAGCUUGUUGGACUCAUCGUUCUCACUAAGUACAACAACAAAACCUACAGGAUUGAUGACAUUGCUUGGGAUCAGACCCCCAACAACACUUUCACCAGAGGGGACACAGACAUCUCCUUCAAGAACUACUACAAAAAUCAAUAUGGGAUUGAAAUCGCAGAUGGCAACCAAGUGCUGCUGGUCAGCAAUGUGAAGCGGGUUCGUACUGGACAACCUCCUGCUGGACCAGCUAUGCUCAUUCCAGAGCUGUGCUACCUUACAGGCCUGACAGACAGGAUGCGUGCAGAUUACACCAUAAUGAAGGAUCUGAAUACACAUACCAAGCUGUUCCCGGAACAGAGGGUAGCACGCCUCCUCGGAUUUUCAGCUACAAUAAAUGGGGAUGCUGAAGCACAGGAAGAGUUGGCGAAAUGGGGACUCAGCUUUGAUAAGCAGCUCCUAAACCUGACUGGCAGAGUUCUCCCACCAGAGAGGAUUUUCCAGGAAUCUAGAUCGUAUAGCUAUAACUCCCGCACAGCUGACUGGGCGAAAGAGAUGCGUGGGUUGCCUGUGAUCUCUUCUCCACCACUGCAAAACUGGCUGCUGCUUUACACAAGACGGAACACCAAAGAAGCUCAGAGCCUCCUGCAGACCCUGCACAAAGUCACACCACCACUUAGGAUCUUGUUAAAAAAAGCUGUCAUGAUUGAGUAUGAAGAUCACCAAGAGUCUCUGCUGCGAACCUUGCAGCAAAAUGUUGGAAAUGACAUACAGAUGGUGGUGGUGAUCCUUAGCAGCAACAGGAAGGACAAAUACGACAGCAUUAAGAAAUACCUUUGUGUAGAUUGCCCCACCCCCAGCCAGUGUGUUGUGGCCCGCACCCUCGGCCGACCUCAGGCCCUCAUGACUAUUGCUACCAAGAUUGCACUGCAGAUGGCCUGCAAAAUUGGAGGAGAACUGUGGAGUGUGGAAAUCCCUCUCAAGCAGCUGAUGAUUGUGGGCAUUGAUUGCUACCAUGAUACAAUUGCUGGGAAAAGGUCCAUUGGUGCACUGGUGGCCAGCCUCAAUCAGAACAUGAGCAGGUGGUACUCAAAGGUCAAACUGCAAAACAGAGGGCAGGAAAUUAUGGAUGGGCUGAAGAUGGCCUUUGCUGGAGCACUCAAAGACUACUACAAAUUCAACAGAUGCCUUCCAUCUCGUAUCAUUGUGUAUCGUGAUGGAGUGGGAGACGGCCAGCUACACAGCCUGGUCAACUAUGAGAUCGCUCAGAUCAUCGACUCCAUCAAGUCCAUGGGACAAGACUACAUGCCCAAACUGAGUGUGGUGGUGGUGAAGAAGCGCAUCAGCUGCAGGUUCUUUGAGCACUCCAAUGGAAAGAUCUGCAACCCACCUCCAGGGACUAUUAUCGACUCAAAAGUUACCCGUCCAGAAUGGUAUGACUUCUACAUUGUGAGCCAGGCUGUCAACUUUGGAAGCGUGUCUCCAACCCACUACAAUGUUGUGUAUGACAGCAGCGGACUAAAGCCUGAUCACAUGCAGAGGCUCACCUACAAGCUUUGCCACAUGUACUACAACUGGCAGGGGAUCAUUGCAGUACCUGCCCCCUGCCAGUAUGCUCACAAGUUGGCCUUCCUUGUGGGUCAAAGCCUCCACAGGGAGCCCAACAUGGAGCUGGAUAACCUCCUCUUCUAUUUGUAGAAGAGAGGCUGUUUACCACGAUUGGUUCUUUGACCUGGUUUAUGUCAGGCCUUGACAUUGAUUUAUGUUGCUCAGUGUUUUGUACCAUCAUUUUCCAACAGCGAUACAGUUCUAUUUACGGCAAACAGAGGUAGUACCAGUAUAGUACUAAUGCAGAACGAUUUGUAGCUGGCUAAGAACAUUUGUUUUUUUGAGGAAUUUGAAGAAAAUAAGAAUUGAAUUCUGUCAUUCUGACAUUACCUUGUUACCAUUGUACCUAUUAGGUACAGCUGCAGCAAUGACUGUAGUUUUUUGUUUUGGUUUGUUUUUUUUAAAUGCUGUUGCCCGCCACCAGUCCAGUGUGUAUGCCACCUCUGGCCUGAAGCUUACCCUUGACCCUUAAGAGGACAGGUGGUAUAGUUAAUGGGUGUGAAAAAUGAACAUUGUUUAAAGAGUUUGUUCCAAAGUUUCAGUAAAGGAUUUCAAACCAGUGUCAUACUUGAAGUUAAGUCAAUGAGACAUGCAAAUAUUACAAAAUAUUAAAUUUAUUUAUCUUGUUUUUAAAAAAAAGAUUGCACAUGCACACCCACACGGUAGUUUGUAUCCAUCAAUAUAGGCUGAGUAUUCUUAUAAUAAAGCUAGCACACGUUGCAAACAAAAAGGUCUUCAAGACACCAUGGGGAAUACUUGUACUGCUUGAUUAUAAAGUGAAUGUACAAAAAAGGCAUUUUGAAAAUCAAGUAUAAACAUUUAUAAACAAUUUACAAAUGGACAAAAUUACAAAAGACCAGUCACUCAAAUUGACAGGAAGAAAUGUGGAGUAAGGAAAACAUACGUUAUGGGGUAUGUGAAUAUGGCUGGACAGAAAGUGUUUUUCCAUAAUGUGUUGCAUACAUAUUUUUCCUAUUUUGGCAGUUUUACGUGGAUGCAAGUGUAGAACACAGUUUUGAUGCAUGAUUGGGGGGGGGGGGGGUUGGGACCGCUAAAUACAUUUGCUUUCAAUUGAU